UCUGUGUCAGGACAGUAGCUCUGCUCUGAUUGGAUUUAGCUAUCGCAACAAAACCGGCAGAUAGAAACUCUUCUCUCGUUUUUACCUCACCGCAUCGUCGGAAGUUCUCUUAGCGCAAUCGAGACACCGUCCGCGCCCCCUGCGUAUAUCAUACACACACACUCUGCGCCCACAAAGCAAUAGUGGAGUGCCGUUCGUGGCUGGCUGCUGUCAGUGUGCCACACCAUCGACGAGUACGACAAAGAACCGCAGUUUUCUGCAAACAUCUGAUCGUACCGCAUGUGUUAGUUGUGUUGUGGCCAGUACAGCAAACAAAGUUUUUUUUUCUACUUCUGGCGUGUUCGGACUGAAUCAAGUUUCCAUACAGUUUUUCGAAGUGUUGUGUGUGUGUGCGUGUGUGUGUGUGAAAAUUGAGGAUCUGAAAUUUUGUUUGUUAAUUGUUUGGACCUGAAGUCGCAACAAAUCGAACGCCGAGCUCAGAUAAAGACAUCAGACUUACAAACGAGACAGAUUCGAUGAAAGGAAUUUCCAGCUCGCAGUGGAGUGCAUAAAUAUCGCCCGUCGAGCCGCGUUGAGCGCCGCGGUGAAAAAAAUCGAUUUUAUACAUUGUGUAUCAACAAGCAGCCUCCACUAGAAAAUCACAUGUGAUUUCAUCUGGCUGUGCGUAGCCUUGCAUUAUCAACUACAGCUAUACAUACAUUCAAAGGUUUUUUUGGUGCAGUUUCUGAUGCGGUUUCAUAAUUUUGCAAUUUGCAGGACACAAAAAAUUACUGUUUGGAAAAUUCGUAUCCAGUGCCUGUAAAUUGUUCUAGUGCAGUUCCAUCCUACUUAUGGACGAAUAACCAGAAGAGAAUGAUUCAAAUUGAAGAUUAGUUCAUUGAAAAACAAAUGUCAGAAAAUUAAAGUAAAGUUGCAUAAAAAGAUUUUUGUUGCUGCAUCGAAGUGGAUGACUCAUCUUAAAAUAGCAGCAUUCCAGCCUACAUAAUGGAACCUUUCCGUAUUGCGACCGUUCCAUUAGUAUCGACAUUCGGAGGCGGUACGCUCUGGUAUCAUCGAUACGAAAUCACUAAUGAAUUCCAACAACUUUAGCAUUCCCCUAGCACUUCAACCAAUUAUGCCAACGGACGAACAUCACGUGUGCGGAAUAUUAAUGACUUUGUACACUUCGAGUAGUUAUUGAUUUAUGACACUGAUCUGCGAAACCGGCAAUCGAUAAAUACUAAUUAGCAGAAAUGACGUACGCUUUUCUCUGGACCUUCUAGGCUCGCCAUCAUCUGCGUAGUGUUGGCGGCGGAAGCUGAACGGGCACUCCAGCUUUGACUUUUUUAUUAUGCCUAUAUCGGACAAAUCCAGAUCCAAUCAUCCAUUGAAUGCCAAAAAGCCAACCCCAGUGACACCAAAUCCGUGGGUAACCGGUGGUCCACCCGGCGGUAAGGACGCCGUCCUGGUGUUCCGAACCAGUGCACUUUCCCCGGUUAACGCGAAUAGUUCCAGUGACGACACGGCGCUAUCCUCGUCGGGUUCCUCCGCGCCAUCGGUCGACACUGCAACGAGCUCGAGUUACAGUGCCGGUUCCACCAAAGAAUCACCCGUCGUCACCUCCUCUAGUGUUAAGGACGCCAAAAAUUUGAAGAUACUCGCGACACUGCCUAAAAAUUUCAAUGUUCAACGAAAAUCCGAUAGUAUUAGCACCUCUAGCAAUAAUAACGAAGACGAUGAUGACGAUGACGAAGACGAUGAAGAUGACGAUGAGAACGAAGAUGAAGGCGAUAAUGAUCAGGAGGUAGAGGGUGAGGGUGAAACCGAAGAAGACGACGAUGAUAAUGACGAGGAAGCCACUUCGCAGGACGAAGCUGGUUCCUCGGUGGCACCGACCGCGGGAAAGUCGAAAAAGCGUCAACUGGAAUCGUCCUCCUCGUCCAGUUCUCUGAGCAACGCAUCCUUGGCUAGCCGAGACGGGGAUGAACCGGAAGUGGAGCUACCCACCUCCAAAUCGGAACCGAUGUUGGUUGUGGCGGAGAAAAAAAUACCCAAAAUAAACCAGGAGAAUAAAGAAAACCAAAGCGUAGGGAAAACGGAAAUGCCUGCAGCCAAGCUGAAUAUUUUCUACAAAUUUGUCAACACGGAGACGCGGCUUCUGCGGAAGAUUCUUAGCGCUCACGGAAUGGCCGAGAGUGGUUCCGACAGUACCGAUUUCAAUCUGCUGUGGACGGGCAUCCAUUUGAAGCCGGAUAUUUUGCGAAACCUGGCACCUUACCAGCGAGUCAAUCAUUUUCCCAGGUCGUACGAACUGACACGAAAGGAUCGGCUGUACAAAAAUAUAGAGCGAAUGCAGCAUCUGCGGGGUCUGAAACACUUCGACAUAGUUCCCCAAUCGUUUUUGCUGCCACAAGACUACAAGGAACUGAUUGCAGCCCACAACAAGUGUCGCGGUCCGUGGAUCGUAAAGCCGGUUGCAUCCAGCCGGGGACGAGGCAUUUUCAUAGUCAAUUCGCCGGAUCAGAUUGCAUCGUACGAGCAGGUUGUUGUGGCCAAGUAUAUUACCGAUCCGCUGUGUAUUGACGGGCACAAGUGUGACAUUCGGCUGUACGUUGCGGUGACCUCGUUCGAUCCUCUGAUUAUCUACCUCUACGAGGAGGGUCUCGUGCGGCUGGCAACGGUUAAGUACGACCGAACAGCCGAAAACCUGUGGAAUCCGUGCAUGCAUUUGUGCAACUAUAGCAUCAAUAAGUAUCACACGGAUUACAUCAAAUCGAACAACGCUGGUGAUGAGGAUGUGGGUCAUAAGUGGACGCUCAGUGCGCUGCUGAGGCAUUUGCGAAGUCAGGGAUGCAAUACGGAACAGUUGAUGCUGAAUAUUGAGGACCUGAUCAUAAAGGCAAUCUUUUCCUGUACGCAACCGAUCGUGGCGGCUUGUCGGAUGUUCGUGCCGCAUGUCGGCAACUGCUUCGAGCUGUACGGGUUUGAUAUUCUGAUAGAUGAUACCUUGAAACCGUGGCUACUAGAGAUAAACCUUUCGCCUUCGCUUGGCUGUGAUACUCCGCUUGAUACGAAAGUUAAGGCCUGUUUGCUUACCGAUUUGCUAACGAUGGUCGGAAUUCCGGCAAUCAGUCCUCUGCAGAAGGCUUGCUACGAUAGCAAAGGGCAGAAAAUUAGAAACCUAAGUACACCCUAUCGGAGGGUUAAUUCGGCUGAUUUUGUGCACACUACUGGAACAAGUGGGAAGAAGGAUCCUUCCCAGCAGCACGGUUCGGAGCCACCGAAAAAGGUUCAAACAACACUCAGUGUGCUGACGAUGGAGGAGCUGAAAAUCGUUCGUUUCGCUCGAGCACAGUACGAACGGCGGGGUGGGUUUGUGAGAAUUUUCCCCACCAGUGACAGCAUGAUGCGGUAUGCUUCGCUCUUGGAUCCCGUCACGGGUGUUCCCACAUCAGCGGUUACAUCGAACGGUAGUGGUUCGUACCUGAUGAUAAUUCCGCACAACUACAAUCAAAUGCUACACUCGCAAUUGUUUCCUCAAGGCAGUGAAUCGGAAAAUCGUAUAGUUCAUCGCAUCCAAAAAUAUGAACGUGCUUUGGAAAGUUCACUUCCGAUAACCAUCGGGCCUAAGCACACGGCUCCGAAGUGUGUAGACGAAGCGAAACGACUCAGAUUACAAAUUAGGAAACUUAUCGAAGCGGGUCACGAGCUCAGCAUUCUGCAGUCUAGGCGUGCCUUCGGUUUGUAUUUGGAAUAUAUUCUGAAGCGACUUUCAACCGAACCGAAACACGCCCACGAGGAACUGGUGAUGAAAUUUCUAUACCGCGUUGGUGCACACAUGAAAACCCCUUUCUUUUUCCGUAACUUCGGAAAUAAAGCUCUCGGCAAGGAUCGUGGAGCGAUGGUAGCCAAACAGCUGGGUGACUAUCUGCAUCUGUACAGCAAGGAAACGGAAGCAUUCGUCGAUACUUUCGAUAUGGUCGGCAUGGUACCGAUCAAGCUGUUCAACGACUUCUUGAUGCAAGCCGGCGAAACGGAUGUCGAAUCGGUGCUAACGCUACACACCAAUCUCACCCAAACGAUGCCGUUUCUGUACACCGGCUGUUCGUCCAGUGUCCCGCCGACGCCUCCGAUUCCGGUGGGAGCACAUGGUUUCCUCAAAGCGUUACCGUGUAUGGCUCCCGGCGGGGCGAACAAGGAGCUGAUCCGGCUGGAUCCGCACUACAAGAGCAAUGAGCAGCAGCGCAACAGCCGAACCGGUUUGAGUACGGUGGCAGCCGGACGGUCGGUGGAGUUCCGUCCGGACAAAAAUGUGCGGCUGUCGCCAAUCAAACGUAAACCGCCGGUCGGUAACAUGGUCAAGUCAUCGCGGGAAAGAGACCAGCGGUCCAAUUGGUUGUACUAGAAGGGUGAAGUUACAUAGUGUUUGAGUUGAGAUUGUUUUUCUAUCGUGGGGAAGCGUGUUUGCUGGCGCAAAUCGUCGCCGAUGCGGUGCAAAAUUGUUCUUUGAUUUAUGGGUUUUUAAAUAACAGCUUUUUCGUUUUUAUCAUAUGCAAAGUUCCUAAUUGUUAAAGUGUUAUUUUAAUCAAGGAAUUUGUUAGUUUAUUUUCUCGACAAGCUUGUUGUUGUUUAUGUAACGAAAAACAGCUUGUUUUUUUCCUCCUACGACCUAUUCAAAUUAACCGCAUUGAGUUCUAAAGUAUCCGUCCGAAAUUGGGAUUGUAAUUAAUUUCAAGUUUUAGACAAAUCUACGUGAAAAAUCUCAAUUAUAUUUCACAUUUUUCAACUGAACAGAAAAUAAUGUGAGAUUGACAUGUGUACUAGAAUAAACAUACUCUUCGGCGACACACCUACUGCUUAACUCGAAAAUUUUUAUCAAAAAUGUAAUCGAUUUUAUUAAAAUUCACAGCGCUUCCUGGCUACUGAUCUGAUCGAAUAUUAAUUGAAAUAUUUGCUCGAGAAAUCUUGACCGUUGUGAUAGUUAAGCAUUGCCGAUUGCAACCGGUCGAUAUUUUUGUUGAGAACAUCUUAAAGUAAAAUGGAUUAAAUGAUACACCCCAAACCUUCGUUUACGAACCAAAGCUGGGGUUCGUAAUUCAAAUCAUUUCGUGAAAAAAUUAUUAAUAUUAUUUGGAAUUUACAGCGUAAAAAAAAAUCAUCAUACUCAUCAUAUGGAUACUUUCGGAUCGGAUUUUAUUAUUAGAUGCCGAAAUCGAUGUUUAAAGUCGUUCCAAAAUCAAACAUUCCGGUUUAUUGAUAUAAAUUGAAACCCCUUACUAUACAGUACGGAUGUUAUGGUUAUAUGAAGAAAACGAUUUUUGAGGUCUAUGCCAAAUCUAAAAUCACGACUCUCGGGCUUAACAAUACGCGAAUUUUCAGUAAAAACUUGGACUUUAUGUCUCAGUCUUUCGACAAUAUGAUCAGAACAAGAAUCAUAAAAAGUUUCUUGAAGACAGAAACAAUAUGAACACUUUUAUAAUGUUUUUAUCCAGUUUUCGCACUGAAGCAUUCCUAGACGCCUGUAUUUUGCAUACGCUUUAAAAACAAAGAGAACAGAUUAGUUAUGUCGUUUUCGCUUGCUGCCAAACCCAACCCAGUUCCCACCCUAACUGCUGUCAAACUGUUUGUGUCGAAUCGAAUCGAAUCAGUUUCGAACCGAAUUCGAAUGGUUUUUAUUUUAGGUUUGCUCAAACCCCGGUGCUAAGUGAGAACCCAACAAAGUUUCAUGAAAAGUGUUUGUUUGAUGAAACUACCCUGGGUUAGUUUCAGUUUUCUCAAGCGAAAACGACAUUAGUUUCAAGAUUGAAAAUAUCGUGAAUGAAUUUCACUGGAUUCGCAAGGCAGUUGUCGUAUGUUCGAGCUCCGACCGGGAUAGAUUUCUGGUAUCGGUAGGAUUUUUACACGAGUUAUAAAAUUGUCCUCUGCACGCAUUAAUCGGUAACGAAAUCUGUUGAAAGAGAGAGUCAAGUUCCGCAUCGGAGUAAAACUACACUGGCUUUUCUUUGUCGCUUGAUUGUUUCACCAUUUUAUAUUGAACGUAAAGAAUUUGCAAUGAUUCUGUACGCUAUGAUUCGGCUGCGAAGUCUUUUAAAACACAAGGGACUUCCACAGAGGCCAAGUAAUGCCAAGACUGCUUUGCAGAUUUCUUUCAAAACCAAUGCCGAAGUUUAUUACGUUUGGUGGGUUUUCUUUCAAGUGUUCAUUAAACGAGGUUACAGCUUCAACUGAUUUUCAUUUUUCAUAAUUCUUAAGUCUAGAUAACUGUAUUCAGCGAACCAUAGAACAAAGCCGAUCAAUCAUGUAGACGUUUUUUCGGUGCUACACACGGAGUCUCCAAAAAAAAGUCGAAAAUAAUCUAGGCCUCCGCUGAAGACCCGCUCGUUGUUAUUAGGGGUUUUGCACGAACAUGACUUAACCUCACAAAAUUCACUGAAUGAACAUCAUUUGACAGCUAUCGGUGGUUUGUUUAUUGGUUCAUUCUGUUUUUGAUUAUAGAGGUUUUAACAUUGAAGUCAUUCGCCUCUUUGGGUCAGAAAAACUUUCUGACCCUAUGUACGGGGUAGGGAAUCGAACCCAGGUGGGGUGCAUGAAGGGCAUCGACUAACUCAUCAUGCUAUACCCGUCCCCAUUGGUUUAUUCUAAUUUGAAUACGUGUUAAUCAGGUUUUGCUCGUACAUGACAUAACCUCACAAAAAUGAACAAAAUGAAUCAAUUUUGACAGCUGUCCGGGUUUGUGUGUGUUAAUUGCGUUAAUUCUAAUUUGAAUACGUGUUAAUUAGGUUUUUCACCGUCACUGCUAACCUCAAUCAAAUGAACACAUUUUGACAGUUCAGCAGUACUGUUUGUAAACAUAGAUUUUUUUGUUUGUCUGUUGACAAAUUGAAUGAGACCAUUUACGGCUCAUAUCGUCUAAAUAGAGUUUUAAAACAUUUGUUCACGAUUAUCCGAUUAUCGGUUUGUUUUUGAGGUUUAUUAAAUGAAAGUCACUAGUUGAAAAGUGUAAAGAUGAUUGUUUGAGAUGUGUUCUUCGAUUUUUGUUUAAGCUUGUUUGAAAAUAGUACCGCUGAACUAUCAAGGAUGAACUCUUGUUCAUUUGUGACGUCACGAUAAAAAAUCUAAUAGAUAUGUAAACAAACCAUUGGUAAAUGUCAAAAAAUGAACAUUAUUCAUUAGGAGUGCAUUCGUGUCGUCAUCGCGAAAACCCUAUAUAGUGUUUCAUCACAUGUUGUUCUGACUUAGCACAUCAAGUGAUAAACAUAUUUUCAAGCAAACCCUUCGCUAAGUAAGUUUUGAAGCGGGACAUGAGUCGACUUGUGAGAUUUAACAUUGAAAUGAUCAUGUGACAUAUUUGCAUUAUUUAAAUUUAGAAAAAAAAAAUAAAAUAUUGUUUUACAGACGAAUAAAACAUUAAUUAAGAAGGCGUUUCUAUCUGAUUUCUAUUUUGCGUCUCAAAAUCUAAGAAAGCUCUCACAUUUACCGAACAAAUCAUUGGCAACAUCCUUUUUUGCGAACAUCGUGCGCGAAAAAAAAGCAGCACUGCGCACCCAAACAAUUGACAUGAUAUGUUGAAUGUGAUGCCCGUGCGAUGGCGUUGCUGAACUGAAGAUUGAUUUCGUUCCAAGCUGACAGGGUCUGGCAGGGUGCAACCGAACCAACUUUUAAGCAGUUUCUAGAAUGCAUUGCCAAGCAUCUACGCAGUGAGAAAUCCUACGCGGAACUUGUUUUGUACUUUUAGGUUCUCAAAUGUUCUGCGUGUACAUUUAAGCAACAAGAAUGUUGAUGUUUUCAGUAAUUGAAGAACUUUUUGUUGCUUGCACACUUAAAAAAUGUUGCAUCUUCUUAGAUGCACAUAAAAGGAGCGUCGCGAUUCACUUACAUUCACAAUACAUAGCAUGUAAAGAUAAGUCAUAUCAUUACCUUCGCAGUUAAUUAAACUGAAGUUUACAUCGAUACAGACGCAAAAUUUAUAUUUACAUGUUAGUAGAUGUAAUAUUGUGUCAUCACCGAAGAAAUUACGGCAUACUUGAAUUUACGUCAAGCGUAAAUUUCAUUUUUUCUAAGAGUGUGGGAUUCAGUCGAUUGAAUACGUAAGAAUGCACAUUCUUUAAAAAAAAAUGACAUUUACGCUUGACGUAAAAUCAAACAUGCCGUAAUUUCUUCGGUGAUGACACAAUAUUACAUCUACUAACAUGUAAAACUAAAUUUUGCGUCUGUAUCGAUGUAAGCUUCAGCUAAAUGAACUGUGAAGUUAAUGAUAUGACUAAUCUUUACAUGCUUUGAAUUGUGAAUGUAAGUAAAUCACGAUUUUUCUUUUAUGUGCAUCUAUUAAGAUGAAAAUGUUUCUAAGUGUAUAGUUUUGUUACACCCUGAGAAAUUCAUUUUCGCAUGACGUAAAUUCAAAGAUGUCGGAAUUUUUCGGCUAAUGACAGAAUAUUACAUCUAUUAGCAUGUGAACAUAAAUUCAGGCACAAAAUUUGGAUAUCAACUACAGCUAUAUUAGCUGUAAAGUUAUGGUUAUGAAUAAAUUUUACAGGUUUUGAAUUGUAAAUUUAGGUGAAUUGAGAGCAAAAUGGCGCGAAUUGUAUGGGACAAAAUGCUUAGGAAUUUGUUUACAAAAAUUAUGUAUAAGUUAACAAUUUAAUGAAUAAUAGUAAACACUCUUUAAUCGGGCAAUUAUUUCUUCCGCGAAAAAACUAAAACAUUUUUCAAACAUAAGAAAGAAGCUAUUUGAGGAUGCGUUAUGCACAGUUGUAAAAAAAAUCUUGUGAUUUUACAUCUUAUAAGAUGCACAUAAAUGGAGCGUCGUAUUUCACUCAAAUUUAUAUUCUAGAACAUGUGAAACUGUGUGAUUUGAACAAAAACAAAAUAUGUUCAGCAACAACGCGACUUGAACCGAGAAACAUUAUAUCAAAAAGCAUGCCAGUUAAUCGACUGAGCCACAGAAGCACAUAGAUGCUUGAUGAAUAAUUGAUACAUAUAAAUCCAUACAGCGGCAAUUGGUACACAGAAAAAAUAAGGAAAUUUACACGACAUGUAAUUCAAUGAUACUUUGGAAUAGACAUCAAUUGAAUCAAAAAUUUCGAUGUAAAAGUAAAUUAGAAUGUCAUGAUUUUUCAAUGAUUUAUAUAACAUAUUUCAAUUUACGCUUAGUUUUGUUUCAGAAAUGAAUUGAUAAGUGAGAUCUGAGAAGUUAGUUUAUAUUCAAUUUCCUGCUCCAAUGAAAUAGAUGUAAAUAUUUUCAUCUGUGUAGCCGAAUGCAAAUUACACUCUAAGCCUGUAAAAUUCUGUACGAAUGGAAUAUUCCGUCAUUUGACACGUUAAGUAGUUAUGUUACCUGUAACGUUCAUUAUUUUUUUCUGUGUGCCCCAUUGUUUUGAUGAUUGUUGACCCGUUGUUGAUGAUUAUCCUGCCUCUGUUUGAAAAGUGAAAUAUUAAAUAUAUUUUUCAAGCCAUACAGCGAGUAUUCGUUCGUAAUUAUGAAAAAUAAUUGUGACGGAAGGUAGUCAUGCAUGAAACUUCCAUGAAAAUCAAUUGGAAUAUGUGUUUUUGAAGCGGAUUGAAUCAGUAGAACUUGAACACGCGUGUAUUCGUUGCGUACUUGUCAAUUCUGUUUCGAAAAUAUGCGUACUGCAAGGAUUUUCAAGAAUAUUGUUUAGUCGAAAGACGGAGCAAAGCAUUGGUAUUGCAUUCCUUUUGUGAAAUUUGACCUUUCCUUUCAACAGAUUUCGCAACAUCUUAUUAUCAAAUCCGUUCCGAAAAUGUAAGGGUUCUUCAAGGAAUAUUGCAAAACCGGAUGUUACAAUUUUGAAUUCAGAAUCGAGCUGAAACAUAGUUUUCCGGCAAUUAUUCGUCAAAUCAGAUUCAAAAAUUACAGGACCCGAAUAUUAUCAUAGCACAUAUUUCCAUAUUAUGUUAAAACACCUUUUUAGGAAGUAGGCUCGAAAAAACAAUUUACUUUAUUUCGAAUUUGGUUCGUAAAAUAACGUUAUACGAGAUUUGGUUCGUAAAAAGUAAUUACGUAAAUCGAAUAAUUCCAAAGAAAAAAGUACUUCGUAAAUGAAGGUUUGGGUGUAAACUGUUUAUUCUUUUCACGAACAUCACACUGUCGACAGUUUUAUUAUUUCCUAACAUUUGCAGAAGCUAGAUUCAAUGUCAUUCUCAAAGAUGAAAAUAGAAGUGAUCUAUAGACUAAUUGAUCACCAAACAACGUUCUGGUGUAAUGAUGACAAUUGGCCACACAUUUAUAAGCUUUCGUACUGGUUGUUCCUGAAUCUGUAAAGGAAUGGAAUCAUACACGAAGCAGCAAUAAAAAAAAACAUACGGCACUGAAAUGGGAUUACUGUGAUCAUCAGUUUCUCCCGACAGUGUAAAGAAGUACAGAGAAUCUGUCCUUCAUUGUAUCUCCAAACCAGGGGACUGAGUUGUAAACCUGAACAAGAAACAAUCGUCACAAGCUAGCACUAGAUUUCAGAACUUUGAAAAAGUUUAGAACGAUAUAUAUAAACUAAAAUUAAAGAGAAAACACCACUAAAAGCUAAUGUUAGCCAAAGAAUUGGUUUUAAGGAAAAGUGUUGUAUUUUUAAGAGUAAAGAAAAAUCAAGUCUAGUCACACAGUAGCGAUUUCACGAAAUAUAUAGAGGAACGAUAGAGACGCAAAAGUGGUAGAUACUGCAAAUCUCCUCUCAACGGUCUAAUGUUUGAUCGAGUAAUCAUUAUUUUGUUUGACGAAAAAUAGCUUAAUUCAAUAACCUAUUGCUCUACGAAUCCAGUGCACUAAAUGCAAAACUACAUACAUACAUACAUCCAUACAUACAACAACAACGUCAAUCCAGAUCAUAUAUUUUUGAUAUCAACCGUUGAGCGUUUCAAGCUAACAGUAGUCAAUCGCAGCUAGUUACUAAAUUCCUCCUAGUUCCAUAGUUCCGUCGAAGGUGAGACCUUUUUUUAAAAGAAAUACUUCCACAUACCGGUGUUAACGAUUGUUGGUCCUCAAUCGACGGCCCGUUUUACAAAAACCAAAAAAAAAAGUAUAAUAACAAACUAAUAGCGGUUGAACGGUGGCACAUAUUUACAAUUACCAAAACGCGAACAUUUCUAAGCACAAAACAAUCCGUUCACUUGUUAAAAACCAGCUUUCGUCCAAUAAAUCGCUAGGACAGUUUUGAGCACAGAUCACAGUACCUUAAAUCGGAUUUUAAACAUCGAAACAAUAAAACCAGGAACAUUCGUCUAAAAUUUUACAUGCACGCUUUUCGACAGAGACAAAACAUGAAUUGAAUCGAGUAUCAAUAGAUAAGGUCCGGCCAUUAACGUUUACACCUACAGAAGCUUCUAGUUAGUGGUUCAUCAAUAUAGACACUUCGCAAUGCUUUCAUUCGAAAACAAACAAAUAAAAAAAAAAGAAACAUAACCUCUCGAGAUAAGGUUAUCGCUACUAUUCUAACAUUACCGGUUAAAAAUCUAUAUAUCCGCUUACUUACCAACUUGCUUGAUACUCACACACGAUACGAUAACUUGCUUGAUUGAAAUUAUCAUACUACGAUAGGCACCAAGUCCUGGACUCUCUGACAGCGAUAGACGGUACAGUUCAAUUUGGACAGAAAUCAAGUUUAAUAAAUUUUACUAAUCGGAUUGA